AUGGAGAUGUUCGAACAUCUUCUUUCUGCAUUGCUUUGUGGUUUUGCUCUUAUACUUGUAGUUCAUGCACAAGAUGAUCAAUCAGGCUUCAUCAGCUUGGAUUGUGGGCUGCCUACAAAUUCUAGCUAUUCUGAGCCAACAACAGGCCUUGACUACAUUUCAGAUGCAGCCUUCAUAUCCACUGGUGUAAGCAAAAGUAUUGCCCCUCAGUACAAAGCUACUCAUCAACAGCAAACAGCUUAUGUCAGGAGUUUUCCUCAGGGGGUCAAGAACUGUUACAGAGUAAACAUUACACAAGGGACUAAAUAUUUGAUCCGAGCAAGUUUCGUGUAUGGAAAUUAUGACGGGUUAAAUAAGCUGCCAAAGUUUGAUCUUCUCUUUGGAGCUAAUUCUUGGGACUCAGUGGCAUUUGUUGAUGCAUCUUCGAGUAUUAUCAAAGAACUUGUUUAUGUUCCCACAUUAGACUAUAUACAUGUGUGUCUAGUCAACAAGGGCACUGGAACACCAUUCAUUUCAGCACUGGAGUUGAGGCCUUUGCAGAACACUACUUAUGUCACUCCAAUGGGUUCGUUGGAACUCUUCCUUCGCUUAGAUGUCGGUUCGACAUCCAAUCAGUCAUACAGGUAUGAUUAUGAUGCUUUGGAUCGGAUUUGGGUACCUUAUACCUACAAUAAGUGGACACAGUUAACUACCUCGCUUACCGUAGAUGCUCAAAGUCACAAUGACUACCAAGUACCAUCUAUAGCAAUGAGAACUGCCAGCACACCGAUUGAUGCCAGUGCUUCCAUGGACUUCAGCUGGGAAUCCCCGGAUACAUCGACUGAAUACUAUGUGUACCUGCACUUUGCUGAACUCCAGCAGCUUAAAGCCAACCAGUCCAGAGCAUUCAAUAUCACUCUGAAUGGAGAUUAUUGGUUUGGACCUGUUGUCCCAGAGUACUUGUCCACAAUCACCGUGUUCAGCCGCUCAUCCUUAACUGGAGGCAACUAUAGUUUUUCACUUGUUCAAACUGAGAAUUCAACUCUCCCACCAAUCCUCAAUGCCAUGGAGAUCUACUCAUUGAUCGAUUUAUCUCAACCAGAAACCGAUGGAGAUGAUGUGGCUGCCAUCAUAAACAUAAAGUCAACAUAUGGAAUGGACAAAGAUUGGCAGGGAGACCCAUGUACUCCCCAAGGCUACAUGUGGGAAGGUCUUAACUGUAGCUACAGUGGAUCCCCUAGAAUCAUAUCCUUGGAUUUAUCAAACAAUAGCUUGACUGGAUCAGUACCUGAAUUUUUGUCUAAAUUGCCAAACCUGAAAGUCCUUAACCUGGAAAGAAACAAGCUCAACGGUUCAGUUCCAGCUGACCUUAUUCAAAGAUCAACAAGUGGUUCACUAUCAUUGAGUGUGGGAGAAAAUGCAGACCUAUGUGCAUCAAUAUCAUGCAAAAAGGAGGAGGAGAAGAAGAAAAAUAUAGUAAUUCCAAUAAUAGCAUCAAUUGGUGGGUUUUCUAUUCUUGUGGUAACAGCAGUGGCUAUAUUCAUGGGCCUGAAAAGAGGAAGAAAACAAGGAGUGCCACAACAACCCAAUAAUCAAAUUGAUUCAUUCGAGUCCAAAAAACGCCAAUUCACAUACUCAGACAUCCUGAGGAUCACAAAUAACUUUCAGACAAAAGUUCUUGGGCGAGGUGGAUUCGGAAAAGUUUACCAUGGUUUUGUUGAUGAUACUCAAGUAGCUGUCAAACUUCUUAUCAGAGUUCAUCAUAGAAACUUGACUAGCCUCGUUGGAUACUGCAAUGAAGGAACCAACAUGGCACUCAUCUAUGAAUUUAUGGCCAAUGGAGAUUUGGAAUCACAUCUUCUAGGUGCGGACAGUAAUGCAAAUGUGUUGACUUGGGAAGGUAGACUUCAAAUAGCAACAGAUGCAGCACAAGGAUUGGAGUAUCUGCACAAUGGUUGUAAGCCGCCUAUUGUCCAUAGAGAUGUGAAGGCAACAAAUAUUUUGUUGGCUGAAAAUUUCCAAGCAAAAUUAGCUGACUUUGGCCUGUCCAGAAUUUUCCCAACUGAUGGAGGCACUCAUAUGUCCACAGCUGUAGCUGGCACCCCUGGAUACCUUGACCCUGAGUACCACACAACAGGAUGGCUGAAUGAGAAAAGUGAUGUUUAUAGCUUCGGAGUUGUGCUGUUGGAGAUCAUCACUAGCCGCCAUGCGAUAUCUAGAACACAAGAGAAAGUUCAUGUCAGUCAAUGGGUUAGCUCUAUGCUUGCUAAAGGGGAUAUCAAAACUAUCGUUGAUCCAAGGUUACAUGGAGAUUAUGAAAUUAACUCUGCCUGGAAGGCUGUUGAACUAGCAAUGGAGUGUGUGUCUGACACAUCCACCAGAAGGCCAAACAUGAGUGCGGUAGUGAUAGGGUUGAAGGAGAGUUUGGCAGCAGAGUUGGCUCGAACCAACGUGAGCCGUGUGACUGAAUCAACAGAUUCAGUUGUGUACUCUAUGAAUGUGACUACUGAACUCAGUCCUUCGGCAAGGUAA